AUGAUUGAGCAAUUCAAGCAUUUCAUUCGUCACGGCAAACAAGCCAACAAAAAUUCAACGGCUCAAAAUAAUAUUACUUUUGAAAAUGAAAGUAAAGUACCUUAUUACACUGAAGAAAAAGUUGACAAUGAUACUGCAGUAGCACGAAUAGUAGCCGAAGAACGUGAACAAAGAAGUAAACUGCCAAAUUACCCAGGUCUGGAAAGAUACCGUUUAUUGCAAAAAAUGGGAGACGGUGCGUUUAGUAACGUCUACAAGGCAACUAACGUAGUUACCAAUGAAAAAGUUGCCAUUAAAGUUGUAAGAAAGCGUGAGCUAAAUAACGCUCAGGAGAGGCAUCUUCAUCGUGAUAUGAAACCUCGUGCAACUGAGGUAGUUUUUCACGAUUAUUAUUAUUUAGUUCUUGAAUUAUUGGAAGGUGGUGAAUUGUUCCAUCAAAUUGUAAGACUCACUUAUUUUUCUGAGCAAUUAUCACGGCAUGUCAUCGUUCAAGUUGCUGAAGGAAUAAGAUACUUGCAUGAAGAAGUGGGUGUUGUCCACAGAGAUAUAAAACCUGAAAAUCUUCUUUUUGAACCAAUUCCUUUCAUUCCUUCAAAAGUGCCAAAACCUAAUCUAUUUGAUGAACCAAAAGAAGAUGAGGGUGAAUUUAUUCCAGGCGUAGGUGGUGGCGGUAUUGGAAAGGUUAAAAUUGCUGACUUUGGUCUAUCAAAAGUUGUGUGGAAUGAACAAACAAUGACUCCUUGCGGAACCGUUGGAUAUACUGCUCCUGAAAUUGUAAAAGAUGAACGAUAUAGCAAAAGUGUUGAUAUGUGGGCUCUUGGUUGUGUUUUAUACACUAUGUUAUGUGGUUUCCCUCCAUUUUAUGAUGAAAGUAUUCGUGAUUUGACUGAGAAAGUCGCUAAAGGACAAUAUACAUUUUUAAGCCCUUGGUGGGAUAGUAUUUCUGACUCAGCUAAAGAUUUGAUCACUCAUCUUCUUUCUGUUGAUCCUAACAAACGAUAUACGAUAAAUCAAUUCUUCGAGCAUCCGUGGGUAAAGGAUGGGUUUGAAGUAAAAUCGGCUGUGUCAUUUGAUUCACUUGCUAUAUAUAAUACAUUGAAUACACCUGGUGAUGUUCCUCGGCGUAAAGACGUAAUUUCACCGGGUAUUACUCUCAGAGAGGCAUUAGAUGUCAGUUGCGCUGUUCAUCGUUUGGAAGAAGAGAGCUCCAAAAGAAGGAAGAUCAAGAUUGGUGGUGGAGGACAGAAAGCUGGUGCUUUGAAUCCGUUUAAAAAAUUAAACAUUAAUUUAAAUGAAGACGACGUUUCUGAUGAUGAACCAUCAUUAGGUGAGGUUUUGAUCAGUAAUAACGCCUCUGUAAAUCCCAUUACAGCAAAUGAGUCUAUAAAAAUGAAAACUGGCACAAGAAAGGUUGCUGGAAUAACAACCGCUUCUGCUAAAAAUUCUAAAGAGGGAUCCAAGCGAUUUAAUUUUGAAUUAAAUAUGGAUAAGGCAACUUUAUUGGGAAGAAGACGUAAGGCCAUAGCUGAACCUGUUGGUGUUUAA